GCCUGUUUCAAGCUUUAAAUUAACACAGAGUAACACGACUGAGGUUUCUGUUUCAGUACGAUUUUGAACUUAUUUUUUGUUUACUGAUGGUAAUGCAUUUGCUACAUAUUUAAUAAAAUGAAAGCCUGGAAGGUGAUUGUAGCUCUUUUGGCAUUAUGGCUACUUAUAAUGAUCUACAUGUCCAACACAAUGUUUCAACCCUCUGAUGGUAAUCUAGCUUUAGAGAGAGAACUCAAACAAACCCUACGACAACUGGAUAAAUUGAAAGCCCAAAAUGAAGAAUUUCAAAAUUUGGCCAGUGAUAUCAGGAAAUUAUCUAAAGGAAGCAAACUGCCAUUGAGAGGAGGGGGAUCUGACACUAAGAAGAUCAGGGAACUCCAGGAUAAACUGGAAAAAAUGUCAGAGAAACUGCAUGACCAGGAGAAAGCAGGACUUGUCGAAAAAACUCAGGAGGAUACCAGUGUCUCUAUGUCAG